ACCAGAUCCACUACGGGCUCAGACCUGCGCAUUCUGCGCUCUAGACGUUGUUAUCGGCAGCCAUGACCUCUAUGGGACCACCCCGCUCCCCAGUACCCCCGGCAGCGUCCUCGAGCACACCCCAGAAGACGGCACAUUCGCUCGCCAUUCUCCAGGAGUACACGCACACCCUUGACUCUGUCCCCCUCGACCUCUCGCGCAACUUCGCCGACCUGCGCGAGCUGGACGCCGUGCUAUCCUCUUCCAUGACCUCCGUGACCUCCAAGGUCAUCGAGCUCACCAACAUGAUCGAGAAUCGCAGUUCCUCGAAGGAGGACCGCCUCUGGCUACUCGCCGAGAUCGCGGACGAGGUGAGCAGGCUCAAACCCGGCGCCGACGAUAAGAUACGCGUUGCCUGCCACGCCGCCGACGGCCUCAAGAGUCACAAGGCACACAUGACGAGCCUCCUGCAGCACAUGCCCGAGCCCGAGUACGGGCAGAUGGCGGGCAUGCUCUCGCGGAAGACGGUGUACCCGCACGUUGCCACACGUCACUAUGUGCCAGCGGGGAUAGCUGGCGAGGGCGGCAGACGACAGAGGCGAUCGGCAUUGCUCUCGAACGGCGCAGUGAUGGAGGCCACCCCGAACAAAAGGAAGCGGGUUGCCGCCGACGAUGGUGACCCAAUCCGGAGUCCCGCGAAGCCAAAGACAGGAGACGCGUCCAGGGCCCGUAAUGGUCGUAGAAAAACCGAUCGCGCCGCAUCCCCCACCGAGUCUGUCCUUUCGGUGCAAUCCCACCUUCCCCAGUCCGCCCUCCCCCCUCCGAUGUCACGUCAAAACACAUCGCAGCGUGCAGCAAGUACCGCGUCCUCUGUGAAGCGGUCGCGAGGGCAGAACGCCCUUGCGAACAUCGACGACAACCGCCCGGAGUUCCGCCACCCGCCGUCGUCGUCGCACCCGUCGCUACCCGCGCCGUACUCCAACGGCACAACGUAUGAAAGCAACGGCAUCAGCGAGUGGGCGACCGGACAGCUUGAAGGCCCCGGCAUGCCCGUCGCGCGGAACUUCGUGAACAGCGCCGCAGCGUCGGUGGUGCAGGACGUCGACACAGACGCUGCGGCCGGCGAUGCCGACGGGGACGGAGACGACGGCAGGACAUACUGCGUCUGCGACCGCGUUAGCUUUGGCGAGAUGAUCGCAUGCGAUGACGAAAACUGCGAAAAGGAAUGGUUCCACCUUGCGUGCAUCGGCCUCACCGUCGCGCCCGAAGGGUCGUGGGUAUGUGACCCGUGCCAAGCGAGGCGCAACACGAAGCGUUCUGCGCGUGGGGGAAAGCGUCGAGCUGGUGGCGGCCGCACGGGUGGGCGCAACGCGUCAACGUGAUCCGUAUAUUCCAAGCCAAGAAAAUGUGCAUUUAUAUGUGUGCAAAAUGUCUUUUGUGUGUUUGAUUCUACACGGUUGCUAGGUAUAUGUUAAAGCUUUAUCCUAGUAUCUUGUGGUAAAUUAUCGUGUAUUAAUCGGUGCAUCGGUGCACGUCAUCAUCCC